AUGACUUGGCAUGCCCAACUUGCGCUGGUGCUGGCCCUGGUCUGCCUAGUGACUGCCUCGUGCUCCGGCAAGUCAGACGCCUGCUCCUUCAACCCGAUCCCGCUGCGGCAGUUCAACCCGCUCAACUUCCACUCCGAUACAUGCAACCUCAAGUGGAAGCUCGGCUGCACCAAGAAGGCCGCGAAUGGCGGGCUAGAGCAGAAGCCGCCGCCUUACUCGCUGUGCACUGCGAGGGACUGGCCGCUCGGGCUGCUGCCCGUCGACGGCUACACACUGGCGCUGCAGGACAAUGGCUUCGCCCCAGGCUCAGACGGCUUCGCCCCGGACUCGGCCGGCGUCACGCUGCACGGCCUGUGGCCUGGGUCGCGGGCCGGCAGUGGCGGGAACAACCAGCCCUACGGCUGCCUGAAUGGCGAGGAGUUCGACGAGAAGAUCCUCACGACCUUUAGUGGCCUGUUGACCUACUUCUGGCCGACAAACCCACAGUUCAACAACACGAUGCAAUGCUUCAUCCUGUCCGAGUGGAUGAAGCACGGCACCUGCGCAGUAAUCGCCGGCAGUAAUGGUAAAGCGUUCCGGCUGUCGCAGGAGGCUUACUUCCGCACGGCGUUUGUGAUGGCCAAUGAGGUUAACGCAAACGCCGCGCUGCGGGACCAGCUGCAGGUACAGAAGCUGAAACCGCUGAAGGAACUGCAGCCGAUCAUCAACACCCGCUGCGUGCAGUGCGCGUAUCUGGCAACGGUUGGCUGGACAGGCACGGAUGUGGCGAGCGUGCCGCGCAUGUCGGGCGACUGCAUUGACCAGUGCUUUACGUGCGGCAAGCACUGGGACAUAUGCCCGCCGGCGGAGCUGGAUAGCACCGUGGAGUUGGACCCCAGCAACGCGCCGCUGGAGAGUGACAGUAGCAGUAAUAGCAUUGGAAAUGCAAGCUUUGCGCUGCUGGAAUUUGCGAUGCCGGCCCUUACAAACAGCGACAACAUCUCCCCCUGGGAGGGCACCUGGCGCUCGUUUGGCGCAGAGCAGCUCGGGUCCGGCAAGUUCGAGUUCGCGCAGACCUUCACUGAUAACGUCCUGACCGUUACCACUGACAGCCCAUACCCCCAGACAUGCACCUAUGAGCGGCGCGGCCCCGGGGAGCUGGCACUGCGAUGCGGCGGCGCCAAGCCCCACCAAGAGGGCUGCCUGGUGCAGCGGCUACCAGAUAUUGGCGGGCUCGAGGCGGCCUUUCUGGCGUGCAACCACACUGGGGAGCCGGCGCCGGCGAGCUUCUACGCCGCUAUGGACUUGCUUGGGUGCGGCAACUUUCUUAUGUUCCGCUGCAAGGCAUCGGCAGCGGGCUGUGCCUUUUCUCCGGAUGCCAUCUCGGCGGCCGGCAGCAAGGCGUCCAAGCCCAAGUCUGAGUCCAAGCCUAGCCCUGUGAGCCACUCCCAGCCAGGCAUUGCCGGAGCACCCCCCGCGCUGCUGGGCUCGUGGCGCUCGCUCCAGGUAUCUAGCCACUAUCAAGAGGGCCUCGCGCAAUGGAACUUUACUGCCGACGGCCAGGCGUCGAUGCACUGGCCAAACUACCUCGACCGCGGCGUGCAGCGUUACUCAGUCUCGCACUCCCAUGAGGAUCCCAGUCUAGUGCUCCUCGCCAGCGCCAGCGGCACCAUCACCACCUGUCGCUUCCAGUUCCAGUACCAGCCAGUAUACUCAUACGCCGUGCUCGACUGCGGAGCGCCAAACCAGCCGGCAGGAGACAGCGAAAACACGCAAAAUACGCAAUGGGCCAUGGGCCGGUGCAACCCGUGCAAUGCCCACUGCCGCUACUCGUGCGGCCCCGAGAACGACUUCUGCGGCGCCGGCUCGUGUGACCCGGCCGAGUCGGUGCAAGCAGAAUCCGCCGGCGCCCUGCCCUCGCCGCCUCAGAAUGCGUACGAAGCACUCAAAGACGGCCAUGACUGGUGCACGCCCCAAGACUCUAGCUGCUGGCCCACCAAGACGGCUAUCCACGAGCUGGAGCAGGCGCUGGACCCCACAGUGCCCCGGCUCGGCGUCCGGUGGAGCAGCUACCCGGAGCCGCAGCCGGCGCCGGUACCAACGGGCUCCAUUAACAAUCAGUCCUUCUACGGCCUGGGUAACGCGCCCGGGGGCCUCAGGGCGCUAUACCACUACGAGGACAUCGCCGAGAUGCAGCGCCCAUGCUUCAACCUGGCCGACGGCCCUAACGUGUGGAACAUCGCGUCGGAUAUGUGCAAGGCAGCGCUGCACCAAAACGAGUACCGCAAUUGGAACCCCUUCAUCGUUGUCUUCCCGCUUAACGAGCGCCAUGUGGCCGCCGCCCUCACAUUUGCCGCGCGGCACCGCCUGUGUAUCGCCACUGCCGGUACCGGCCACGAGUAUAACAGCCGCAACUCAUGCCCGACUGGCGGCAUCCUUAUCCGCACAAUCCUGCUCAAGGACAAGGCCUUUAUGCCCACCUGGGGCGAGGACCCGGCCCUGGCCCCCGCCGGCGCAUUCCGCUUUGGCGCUGGCUCCAUCUUCGCCGAGAUGCACGCCUUCUCAGCCAAGCACGCCCGUGCCAUUGCAUCGGGCUGGUGCUCCACCGUCGGCAUGGUCGGCUUCCAUCUCGGCGGCGGCCACGGGCCCUUUGCGCCGUCUAUGGGCCUCGGCGUUGAUAACUUGCUGGAGAUUGAAGUUCUGCAGGUCGGCCGUGACGCACAUAGCCUGCCCGUCGUCCAUAAGAAGAUCGCCAGUCGCCACCAUAAUCCGCAGCUCUUCUGGGCCAUGCGCGGCGGCGGCGGCGGCGUCUGGGGCGUUAUUCUCUCUAUGACGAUCCGCGCCCACGCCGUGCCAGACGGAGGCCUCAGCCGCGUCUUCAUGUCUCAGAACGGCACUUUUUGCCCAGACUCGCGGGAGUUUGGCUAUGAGUGGGUGCGUGACAUGUGGACUCGCUUCACCGCGUGGCAGCUGAGGCUCAACCAGAAGGUCAGCACGCAGCCCUCCUUCUUUAUCAACGCCACCCAGUACAAGACGGGUGGCCUCUGCGCAGUCACUUGGCAGUUCAACUUUGAGUACUUCUACGCCGGCGGUCAGGCAGAGCAGGACUACCUUCUCUUCCGCGACGGCCUCAAGGACGUGCUGCAGACAAAGACCGUGCAGGAGCAUAACUUCAAGUCGGCCUAUGAGUACCUCCUCUCGAUGCCCGCCGACAAGUUUCUACUCGCCGUCACGAACCCGCUGCCGGCGCCGCACCCGCCCUCCGACAAGGCCACUGGCUCUCAGAACUCGGUCUUUGUCUCGCGAGAGGCCAUGGAGACAAAGUUCGCCUCGACCAUGAUGGACGUGCUGGAUAUCUGCGUGGCGUCCCUGAAGAAUCCUGACCCGGACUCGCCGAGUCCAGACGGCUAUCGCUGCGGCUUCCACUACCUCUACACGUCGCUGACGGGCAAUCUGGGGAGCUCGCAGCCGGGCGACACGGCCAUCUCGCCGGGCUUCCGCUCGGCGCUCAUGCUGUGGAAUGCGCGGACCUUGACGACGCAGCAGUCGAAGGACACGGUGUAUAAGCUUGGUCCGAACAGCUAUUUCUCUGAGAGUUCGUAUGUGAUGCACAACUGGACGUCGAGGUACUGGGGGAAGAAGGCGUACGAGCAGUUGCUGGCUGUGAAGAAGGCGCACGACCCGGGGAAUCAUUUCUGGUGCCAUCAUUGUAUUGGGGAUAAUCCGGAUGAUGCGUAUGGGCAGCCGCUGGGUGCUACAGCUGAUUCUGUUGAGAGAGAUGAGUUGUAG